UUGUCACUGGUCAUCGGUUCAAACCCUGGUUUUCACAGAUAAAGGGCGUAGCUGGAGUAAUGUGGGGUAUGUUGCCAUGGAGGGACAGACAUCUUUUCAUUCCGAGGUCUUCCCAAAUAUGGGUUUUGGCUUCAAUGGCCGUAAAUUCACGGUUGCCACACUAGAGUGGGCGCCGUUCGUUGUUGCUUUGCCAAACAACACCUACACCGGUCUGUGUUUUGACCUUCUAGAACAUAUGGCGAGCAGCCUGAACUUCACGUAUGAAGUGGUGGAACCUUCGGACCGACAGUGGGGAAUACUAAACGCUAAUGGCACAUGGACCGGCUUAGUUGGCCAGCUGGAAAAAUGGGAGGUAGACCUAGUUGCAGCGCCUCUGUCCGCACAGGCUAAACGCGAGGAAGUAAUGGACUUCACGUAUUCUUAUUACAUUGACUACACCACCAUAAUAAUGAAGAAACCGGACCCAUACGAGAAAAAAUGGCGCACCCUUAUCGACCCGUUCAGCGAGCAACUUCUACUUUGUGUUUUGAUAUCCCUGCCAGUUAUGUCGCUGCUGUUAUUCCUGUUCGAGCGUUUCAGUCCUUACUACGCGCGGGAAGACGAUGGAGAAGGGAUGGGUGGUCUACAUACGUACCAAGACGCCUUCUGGUACAUGUAUGGCGCUUUGCUCACACAAGGUGGUGAGUACCUACCACAGUCACAAACCGGACGUACUCUAUUGAGUUCCUGGUGGCUAUUCUGUAUCAUUAUGAUGGCCACAUACAGCGGGAAUCUGAUUGCUUUCCUGACCGUGACAAAGGACAAACCGCCAUUCACUACCGUGGCAGGCAUGAUACAGAUGGACAACUACCGCUGGGGCACGAUAGGAGGCAGUUCCUGGAUUGAUGCGUUUAAUGAGACUAAAGUAUCAGACUUCAAGAAAGUAUGGGCAGGGAUGUUAAGAUUCAACGCAAGCGAUCCAAGUGUGCUAAGUCCGAAAUCAAGUGUGCACUUUGACAAAGUGCUUGCCGGAGAUUACGCUUACAUCGGAGACAAAACUCAAAUGGAAAUCAAAAUGGCCGAAGAAUGUUCCCUGUUAAUGGCCGAUGAAUUUUUCUUGCCAUUGCAAUACGCCUUUGGAUUUCCAAACGUAUCUCCAUAUACAAAAAUAUUUUCAGACGAGUUACUGUACGUACACGAGAGCGGAUUACUGCAUAUAUGGAAAACCCGUCGAUGGCCCCAGCGUAGUUUCUGUGCAAGCGAGUUGGUGACAGUGGCCAAGACAAUAACACUUGUGGAUGUCCAGAGCGCGUUUUACCUUAUUGGGAUAGGCCUAGGUCUAGCUACAUUGGUAUGCGGCAUGGAGAAGGUCGCGUUUUGGUACAAGAGCAGGUUCAAAAGUAAACAAGCCGCAAGGCAUCGCAAAUCCGUUUGUAGCGGGCUGUCUAUGAACAAAGACUCGACUGAAAAUGCAAAUAAUCUAAAGAGCACAACGAAGAGCUAA